ACAUAGGCUACCCUUCAGGUGCUUGACACUGGGACAGUCAUGACUACAUAGGAUGACCCCUUGCCAUCAGCCCCUUGAACUACCUAACCCUGCGAUUGACAGCCUGAUUCAGAAGUGGCCAGCCCCAACUCUGGUUGCUUCCUGUUCCAGCAAGGGAUCCCUAGGAUUCCUGAAGACAGCCGGGCAAACAUUAGAGACAAAGGGAUUGACAGAUCCCUAUGAACAGGCAUCUUCAACACCUAACAGGCAAUUUUGUCCUGCUCUGAAUGUUGCAUUUUGAUAUAGAUGGGUUAAUUGCACUUAAGAAUGAACAUUGAAGAUAAGCUGGGACGAUUGUUUCUUAAAUGUGGUAGCAUAGAGCCAAUGCAGUCAUCCAGGGAUAUGGUUGGAAUGGGUGCUGCAUCUGACCAGUCGGCAGUUCCUGUGGAACGGCAGGAAGCAGUGCUUCAAGACCGGGCUAUGGCGCACCAGGAAAUCCUUUCUGCAGAAGAAGUGCUACAGGAAAGUGAACUUCGACAGCAAGAAAUGAUCCCACAUGAUGAACUCAUGGUCCACGAAGAGACGGUGAAAAAUGAUGAUGAGAUGGAGGGGCAAGACAGGCUUCCUCAAGGGCUUCAGUAUGCAGUCAAUGUCCCUCAGAUCAGCGUGAAACAAGAAAUUACAUUUACUGAUGUAGCAGAGCAGCAGAAAAGGGACAAAAAGCUAAUACGAGAGGGUUUAGAUAUGCAAAAGAAGAAGAAAAGGAAACAGCGUUCACCAGCAAAGAUCCUUACAAUAAAUGAGGAUGGAUCACUUGGUCUGAAAACUACCAAAUCUCACAUUUGUGAGCAUUGUCAUGCUGCCUUUAGAACCAACUACCAUUUACAAAGGCAUGUCUUCAUUCAUACAGGUGAAAAACCAUUUCAGUGCAGUCAGUGCGAGAUGCGUUUCAUUCAGAAGUACCUGCUACAGAGACAUGAGAAGAUUCAUACUGGUGAGAAACCAUUUCGAUGUGAUGAAUGUGGCAUGAGAUUUAUACAGAAAUAUCAUAUGGAAAGGCACAAGAGAACUCACAGUGGAGAGAAGCCUUAUCAGUGUGAAUACUGCUUGCAGUUCUUCUCAAGGACUGACCGGGUGUUGAAACACAAACGUAUGUGCCAUGAAAACCGUGACAAGAAACCCAAUAGAAGUGCCACCAAAAUUGGCCUUUUGACUUCUGAUGAUGAUCAAGGCUUCCCAAUGCCUUUGAAGGACAGCUCUUUGCCAAAGAAGAAAAGGCAAAAAACGGAGAAAUUGAAGUCUUCUGGGCUAGAUAAAGAAAGUGGGGCAGAUAAAUCUGAGCAUAAGAAAGAUAAGAAUGAUUUUUUGCCUUUGUAUGCUGGCAGCGCUAAGAUCAAGGAUGAGUAUAUGGUGGCUGAAUAUGCAGUGGAGUUACCACAUUCUUCCGUCAGUGGAGGGCACCUACAGGAAGCAAAUUCUGGAGAAAUACACCCACCUAAACUGGUGCUCAAAAAAGUUAACAGUAAGAGGAACCUAAAACAGCCACUAGAGCAAAAUCAGACCAUGUCAUCUUUAGCAUCUUACGAAGACAGCAAGGUUUCUAAGUAUCCCUUUGAUCUUGUGGAUAAACAAGGCCUGUUGGACUCUGAAGGCAAUGCUGACAUUGACCAAGUUGAUACUUUGCAGGAAGGCCCCAGUAAACCUGUACACAGCAGCACAAACUAUGAUGAUGCAAUGCAAUUUUUAAAGAAGAGGCGGUAUCUCCAAGCAGCUAAUAGUAAUAGCAGAGAAUAUGCCUUGAAUGUAGGCACCAUUGCCUCUCAGCCUUCAGUCACACAGGCUGCUGUGGCCAGUGUCAUAGAUGAAGGUAGCACAGCCUCAAUACUGGAUACAUCGGGGCUGAAUGUGGAGAUUAAAGGCAACCAUGACAAAAAUGUCAUUCCAGAUGAGGUACUUCAGACUCUCUUAGACCAUUAUUCCCAUAAAGCUAAUGGCCAGCAUGAAAUAGCUUUUAAUGUGGCUGAUACAGAAGUGACCUCUAGUAUAUCAAUCAAUUCUUCCGAAGUGUCAGAAGUCACACAAGCUGAGAAUGUUGCAACAAGCUCUCAAGGUUCCUCAUCCGAUAAAGCCAGUAUGUUACAGGAAUAUUCCAAGUUUCUUCAGCAAGCUUUGGAUAGAACUAGCCAAAAUGAUGCCUAUUUGAACAACCCAAGCCUUAAUUUUGUGAGUGAUAACCAGACUCUUGCAGGGCAACCAGCGUUCUCUUCUAUAGACAAGCAGGUCUAUGCAUCUAUACCGGUCAACAGUUUUCGAUCAGGAAUGAACUCUCCAUUAAGAACAACUCCAGACAAGUCUCACUUUGGACUUAUCGUUGGCGAUUCCCAGCACUCUUUUCCCUUUUCAGGUGACGAGCCAAAUCAUUCUUCCUCAUCCUCUACCCAGGACUUUCUGGAUCAAGUUACUUCUCAGAAGAAGGCAGAAGCACAGCCUGUCCACCAAGCAUAUCAAAUAAGUUCCUUUGAGCAACCGUUCAGGGCUCAGUACCAUGGAACAAGAGCUGGAAUAUCAUCUCAGUUUAACACUGCUAAUGGGCAGGUGAACCUGCGGGGACCAGGGACAAGCGCCGAAUUCCCAGAAUUCCCUUUGGUGAAUGUAAAUGAUGCUCGAGCUGGGAUGAACUCUUCACCUGAUGCCACAACAGGCCAGACAUUUGGCUAAGAAAAUCUGUAGAAAUAACACGGGCACUUUAGCAUGGGUCUGUCAAGAGCGAGCAUCUUCUGUAUAAGAUGGAGUCAGUCCUAUACAAAUUUAAGGCCUUGGGUUACAACAGAAAAGUAAGCCGGUACAGAGUAUUGGCAACUGCUUUUUGUGUGUGUGGUUAGUCACCAUUCUUUUUGAAUUGCCUUAUAUGUGGGUGUCCACUGAAAAGGCAGAUGGUUAUUUGCUUGCUGGAGAUCAGGAGCUUGCUAUGCUGAGAUUUUAUACAAGACAAAAGAAACCAAAAAACCCAGAUAAGAUGUCUCUCCUGUAAUAAUUUCUUAGUUUGGUAACAUUGAUUAUUUUGGGGAGAAUGGUAAUUAUGAGAUUAUUCAUUUUGGAAUUUCCUGGUUAGUUAGUCAAGCCAUUGCACUUCAGCAGGGAACAUGAAUAUAGACUGUACAGAUAAUAUGAACUUAAAAGUUUUAAUGUCAGGAGAUGAUGGCUAGACAACUAUAGUGCAUUCUGGGGGGAAAUCCAUUUUAUCAACUCUCUUAAAAAGUAAUACGCAUAAUAUUCCUUCUUGGUUUCUUUGAAUUUCCUUUUACAACACUUAGAGAAAGGUAAUUAUGUUUUCUAGAUGCACUCCCCUAUUUAAAUGUUUGAUUCAAUUAAAAGUACUUUAAAAGGAAAAUACUUACUAUUAAUGCAUUUACUUCAUUCCUGAAGUAUUGCAUAUUUCUUUGUACCUUUGAAGGUAAACAUGACUCUUUAUGUUUUUAUCUCCAAAUGACAGGUAUCAAGAUGGUUAGGAUUGAACUAAAAUGCUUUGUAGAUGACAUUCCCAUUUCCAUAAUGUUUAUAUGAAUGGUGAACUCCAGGUUUUAAGAGUUUAAAUUGUACUUCAGCCUACAAAUCUGCAAUAAUUAACAUUAGAGCACUUAGAUUCUUUUCCAUUUUUCUUUCUUUCUCAAAAAUAAAACUAUUUUAGACCUUUAGGUUUGAUGUGGCUGCAUCAUUAUCACCUUACAUAACAACAGAAGAGUUAUCUUCAUGAACAGUUUCAUUGCAGUUUUACUAACUAGAGCUGGUGACUGAGAACAGUGACCAAAAGAUAAAUGGUCAAACUUUUGCUGCAUUUCACAAAUAAAUUAACUGCAAACUUUAUCCCUAUCCCCUGUGGUUGUUUUAAUAGUAGACUGUCUUGAGUUACACUGUGUGGUGCAAUGAUUAGUUCUGUAUACAGUUUUAACGUGCUGUGCUUCGACUUAACAUAAAUGUCAGGAUAAUAAUCUUUUUUAAAACUGAAGCUUUUAUUUUCAUUAUAUUGUACAUUCACUAAUGGGCUGCUUUAAGGUAAUCUUGCGGGCAGUGUUUUACCUAAAGGCUGAGCGACAGGAAUGCAGAUACAUCCCCCCCCCCCAAAAAAACCAUAUUCAACAUUUAGGCAGGGGAGAUGGGUGCAUGUAUUAUUUUACAGCUUCAGGUCUGCUCACCACUUCUCAAAGAUAGCCCUAAUAAUACAAAUUUAAGGAAAGCAAAAUUUCAAUUCCCAGAGAAAAACCUUAUUUUAAUUAAAAUGGUACUCCUAAUUUUGAUUGCCACACUUCUCCUUUGUUUCACCUGUGCAAUUUCGGACCCAUUUUAGAAUCUACGUGAAAGUCAUAGGCAGCUACUGCAGUAGCCAAGAGGCAUAUGUUAUGAAAUGCCUUGUUUAUUCCUAUAGGUCACAAACAGGUUAAUUUUACAGGAGGGUGUUGUUAUAUCCCAUUACUCCGCAUAAGUUGUCCAAGGAUUUAUUUCAUAGUACAGUAAGUAAAUGCAACCGUGGUACUGAGUCAAAAUAAGCACACAUGAAAACUUCUAAAUAAUGGAACUUUUUAGGUCUUUUUAGUUUGUCUCCUGCCCCACACCAGCACAGCUAGUACAUAACAUAUUUUAAUUUAAUUAAGCAUUUGUGGCCCAGUGUUUGAGUGCACCACUAUUUGUACAAUUAACAUUCAGUUGUGGUUCAGAGAAGUAAACAGGACUGGCAAGUGAGAGUUGUACACAUUUAGUAUCUAGAGGGAAUGGCUAAGAGUCUGUGUGUGUAUGUAGAUAUGGCAAGACAGUAAGGCCAGGGUGUAAAGGCUAUGGGUUGUAUCUUGUGUUCCACUCAUGGGAGUUUCUUUGUUCCGGGAGAGCUUUCCGUGAAUUGAAGGGUGAGGAAGGCAAUUUUUUGCAAACUCCCCUUUCUCUCGCAACCCUCGUGUCCUCCUCCCACGCUGUUCCAAAGGGACCCCAACCCUCUGGAGGAGAUUAGUGGGAGGGCAGAGGGGACUCAGAUGAAAUAAGUGAAAUGACCUUCCCAUUCUUCAUUCAUUGAAGCACCGACUUCAUCAAAGAACCAUCUGUGAGUGGAGGGGUACAAGUUGAAUAUAAUCCCUACAGUGAGAAGACAAGGGGAUGCUUCUCUGAAAGUGUCCAUUAUGAAAAAGUGAGCAGAGAGGAAUGGAAGGAACUGUGGCUAGGAUCCAAAUGUGCAUGGCCAAGCAUUUCCAUAUUUACCCUUCUGGUGGCUGCUCUUUGCACUGCAUAGAGGGAGUGCUGUUUUAUAGCAUUCCAACAUUUUUAGAGGGACUUACAGGGAACAUGAGAGGCUGUAGUUGAGGAGAGGCAUUGGCAAGUGAUGGAAUAUAAUGAGCAGAACCUCCACCUGUGGCUCUUGAGGGUGCCCCCAGGAAUCAUGUAAAAACCUGUUCCUAAGUUGCUUUUUAGAAGAAGAAAAAGUGACACAGAUAUAUCUUAAGCCUCGUCAAUUAUAAUACAAACCUAUUAUAUACAUGCUAGGAGACAGUGUUAAUAGAAAUACUUUCUUAAUAAUGCUUUUUAAAGUGUAUUUAGGAAAUCUCUGCUAUGGUUCUACAGUCCUGUUAAGCUCAAUGUUAUGUUUGGAUUCAGUUAACUUAAACUCUUUGAAACUAGACUUCAGUGCAAACGUGCUGCUUAAUUUUCUCAAUUUUUAAUGGCUCAUAUUUUGGGUGACUGCUGGGCCUGAGUGUCCCUUUUAACACUAAUUUCCUGUUCCUUUUACUUUGAAUAUAAAGCAAGUUAAUGAAGGAACUGACUUUUGGGCUUAAAGCUGAAGUAGCUCCUUUUCCUUCUCUUUGUCUUAGUUAUUCAGAGUAAACAAUUGAUCAAAGAUGAUAAAUCCAUUUAUCAGAAGAGAAACCGCAUCAUGUAUUGCAGUGUACUCUAUUUCUGAAGAAAAGUUUAGAAGGAUUUGUUUUUCAUUUAUAUGGAUCGCCUCUUCAUGCCUUUUCUGAAAUUAGUUUAAGAGAAUUAUUACAGACUCCCAGCUAUUGUAGGUGGACAAGGUUUUUGAGAGAAGGAGCAGUUCAGAGAAAGUACAGUGAAAGCUUGAACGUUUUAUUAUUAUUAAUGAGGAUGCUAAUCCCUACACAAUAUAAUUUCUCCUUGUUUUUCUUCAGUGGUGUAAACUCGUGUAGUCAAGGUCUUAUGAAAGUAUGACUAUAACUUUAACCAAGCAUAUUGCAGAACCUAUGUACAAAUACUGCAAACUAAACCACAGUUGUCAAAAUGAAUGAAAUACAUUGUAAUGUCAUAUGCCUGCUUUUGUUUGCUUAUUUAUUUUGUGAUUUUAAACAUGGGUUUUCAAGUCACUAGUGAAUUACUGAAUUUUUAGUAUAGCUGUUUGAUUUCAUUUCCAAGUUUUUCUGGCUUGUUUCCUGAAAAAUUUCCACUUGGAUACAUACAGCAUAUUCCAUGUUUCUUUAGAUUAAUUUUUAUGAUGUGUGUAUCAUAUUUCGUAAAUAUUUGAAACAGAUCUAAAAUGGAUCCAGGAUCAGCCUGUUUGAGUAUUUCAGUAUUAACUUGCUUUGUAUUUGUAAAAUUGCAACCUAAAAUUUUGUUGGGUUGACAUUGGACUCUUUCGCAAGUUGCAGGGGAGUAGCUAUUAGAAUAUAGUUCAGAGCUUUAGAAGGCAGAAAUGUGUUAGUGAUCUGGGUAUUUUGGUUGGUAAAAAUUCAAAUGUAAGUUUUCCAGUUAUUAUUCAUAAUAAAACAAACUAUUUUUAUGUUUUCUUAAAUUCUGCUCAACGGAAGCCUUGUGACUUUUGGAGAUGCUUUCCUUUUAUGUUAAGUGCAUGUUUGUUAGGUAUAUGUAGGACAUUUAAGUACUCCUUUUGCAAAACAAAAAACAAAAACAUGUCCUGUGAAAGUAUUGCAAUGAAUGAAAACCAUUAUGUUUUAAAAAAAUAACUUUCAUUAUUUCCAAACAACUUUGUUUCAGGGAAAUUUUCUAGUUGCUUUUGCUAUACUUGUAUAAAAUCAUUGUUUCAAUAAUAAUUUAAGAGAGAGAUAGUCUGGUAGCGAACACAAACCGAAGCAAGCAAACCUUUCUCAAAGUAGUUUCUUGCAUUCUUUUCCCCAGUGAAUGGAAAGGUAAAAGACAAAAAAGUGUAAAUGUUUAUUUUAUUUUUUUAUGCAAUAUUGUUCUGUAAAUAUGAGUUAUCAAAUAAGGAUGUACCUAUGAUUGAAUCUUUGAUUCUGCACAGUUAGAGUUUAUAUAUAAAAUAUAAAUGUGUCUUGACAAUCAAGGACUUACUGUCAGUCUUCCUUUAUGAUGUUUUAUUAAUGUUAUGCAUUCCAUUUGUUAGACUUGAGUACAAAUGUGGGAAUUUGUAUUGUCUGUAAAGUAUGUAAUGUUUUUACAGCUUGUUUUAAAAAAAGGAAAAAAGAACCUUGUAUAUAAACAGAUCACAGUACUGCUUUAUAUCAGGAGGCAUAUGAUGUACUGUAUGUAAGCAAUAAUGCCUAACAGUGCUAACUUUGCAAGUAGCAUAAGGAAAGUUCCAAAAACUGUUUGGGGAGUUAAUAGCUUUGAUUAAGUUAAUGGAUAUUCUUAAUUGUUUUUAAUCAAUAAAUUCAACUGUUUUUUUGGUUUGUAGUAUAUAACAUUGUUUACAUAGCACAAUCUGAGUUUCAGGGAGAGCAGGCCUUAGAUCUGCACCUGUGCACACAUUCAUGAUGAAACUAAUGGCUCAGAUGCGCUUCUGCAAGAUGAGUUAGUGUCCUUAUUUUUGAAGGAAGGAUAAGGAUUUGCUCCUCCAGUUUCCACACCAAUUGAAUAAGUUUGAAAAUUAAUUUUAAAUCCUUAAAUCCCAGUAUGGUUUUGGUAUAAAUCAGGUUCACGUGAUACAAAAAGUGGUUCUUGUUCAUAAUUCACAUUGCAGUUGAACACUGAGUCAUGGUUGAUUUUGAUAUAAUUUUGCCAUAGGGAUUUAUCAGCUGCUGAGAUGAGCUUUAUCCGGAGUUCAAGCAAAACAAAACCAAGUCAAAAAGUUUGAACAAUGCUUUCAGACUGUACAGAGCAACAUAAUUAUUUGAAAACUAUCAUUGCUUUGGUGGGGAAAGAUCGCCGAUUUAUAAAUGUAUAUGACCUACAUUUUAUAGGAAGAAAUGUUUUUAAAUGCUAGUCAUUUAUAUAAUAUGUGCUUUGAAGGAUUUGCUAGUUCACUUCUGUCACUUUUAGUACACUGGUAUCUUUUUAUAUGUAAUGUAUGCUUUUUAUUAUUGUAGCGAAGCAUUUCAGUAGAAGGAAUUUUGCAACAGUGUUCAAGGAGAUUUUAUUGUUGGAAACUAAUUAUACUGGAUUCUGUCUCUGUAAGUUUUAUCUUUAUUUUAACAAUGUCAGGAAAAGGACCUUGGUAUUCAAAUAAACCUGAUGAUCUGCUCUUUUUUUAAGGAUACAUUGUGUGAUUUGCAAAUGAGUCCACAAAUUUUACGUUUGGUAGAAAAUCCAGGACUUAUACACAACUUUAAAAAAAUAUUAGGGGCAGAAAAAGAACAGAAGAAUGCUGCUGGAAUUCAUUUUCUGAUACGGUAUUUCCCCCUCCCCCCAGCAUCCCUACGCCUUCUUUGCCUUUCAGUUCAUAAAAUCCCCUAUAAUACCAGUAAAGGAGAUUUCAGUGGUCAUACAGUAUUACUUUAAAAAAUAUAAGUGAUCUGUCCAUUUUACUGUGAGUGUUGGGUUGUUUUUUUUUUAAAAAGCAAUUAAAUUCCCAGUUUCAUUAAUUUAAAAAUGUGUAUAAGUAAUAUAGAUGCUUUUGUAUGAAACUUGAAAGUAUGAAUUUGUGUAAUUAUUUUGUAUUUGAAAUAAAUUAGGUAAUGCAGGAUUCCUGAGGAAUCAGGAAUAUUGUGAUGA